AUGAGUCUUUCUUCGUACCUGAAGCAAAAGGCCGCAUCGGCCUUGACGCCGACUGCUGCACCAACUGCUGCACCCACAACUGCUGCACCGGCAGCUGCCGCACCAACGGCACCCGUACCAGAUACCGCGCCUUCAAGCAGGUUUGGUCUUAGCAUGCCUAGUAUGCCCAGCUUGAAAAGUGCUACUAGUGGUGCCCUCUCCACUAUCGGCGGCGGCAUCAUCCCCACCGGUAUUGACAGUACAGAUAACAACAACAACGGCGCCUUCCCGCCUAUCGGAGGGAUACACCCUAGGGUGACCUCGCCAAACCACCCCAGAUUACCGGUCGUAAGGCAUCCUAGUGGUUUUAUCCCCCCCGAGACCCCGGACUAUAGCAUCUCAGAGGACAAGUUGAAGGCUGCUAUUCAAUUGGACAAAGAUUGGGAUAAAUACAUUGACUUGAACCCUGUCCUUCUUGUACCGGGAACUGGAUCAUAUGGUGGAAGCUGUUACCAUCAUAACUUUGCCAAAUUAUUAAGGAAUGCCAGCCCUAGAUUUGCUACUUUCGCAUGGGUGAACGUUCCUGGCGCCAUGUGCGACGAGUCGCCCAAAAACGCUGAGUACGUUGCAUAUGCAAUGCACUGGCUCUGGCUACGAACAUACCGAGGCUACUCAGAGGCCGAUAUAAAUAAGCAUCAAAUCACAGUCAUUGGCUGGUCCCAGGGGAACCUGUCUAUCCAAUGGGCACUUAAAUACUGGCCACACACACGCAACUUGAUCAAGAACUUCGUUGCCAUCUCCGCAGACUUUCAUGGUACUCUUCUAGCCCCUCCAAUCACUGCCGCACCGGCGAUUCUACACCAGUGGUACUGGUCUAAAUUCAUCCGCACAUUACGCGCUAACGGCGGCGACUCGGCUUAUGUUCCCACAACUUCAAUUUACUCCUCAUUCUACGACGAAGUCGUCCAGCCACAGAUUGGUGAUCUGGCAUCGGCUUACAUGAAAGACGAACGGGGUGUAGGUGUCCUAAACUUUGACUUACAGCAGCGGUGCCCGCUCACACCGGCCGGUGUCCUACAUGGUCACUCAGGUGUGCUUUACAACAACGUAGCGUGGGCCUUGACCAAAGAUGCAAUCAUCAAUGGAGGAACCGCUAGUAUUGAACCCGGUCGAGUCGAUCUUCCCACAGAAAGUAUGCAGCUGUGGGCUCCCGGUCUGAAUCCCUUCGAUAUUGCAGCAACUAUCGCCCUUAUUCCUGUCGCUGGCAUAAAUAUGCUUAAAUUCUUCCCUAUUGCUUUGGUCGAGCCAGCUUUGCCCCCAUAUGCCGCAAAGGAGAGUGAGGCUUUGGGCCCUCCUCCCGCCCUAACUCCUGAGCAGCAGGCUAUUGUUGAUGCGAAUAAGAAUAAACCUCUCUUCCCUUCCAAGCCAGCGGUGGAUCCGAGCGUAGCUUCUGCGCUACCUAAGUAG